UCUUCCCCUUCAUAAUCCAAUUGGACAGCUGAAAUCACGUGGCGCUGUUGAGUUCCGGAUUCUAACUUGCAUGCGAUCAUAUGGGUCAAAGCUUAAGACAUAUGGAGCGUGCGCUAGGUGUAGGCAUUGGGCCGCUGGCUGCUGGGACUGUCGGUCUGCUGAUUUUGCUGAAGGUGAUCCAGAGAUUGAGACGCAGGCCCAACAUCCAGGAUAAAGUGGUGGUGAUCACCGGUGCCAGCUCAGGGCUGGGCAAAGAGUGUGCGCGGGUCUUCCAUGCAGCAGGGGCCCGACUGAUCCUGUGCGGACGGGACCAGAGGAGACUGCAGGAGGUUGUGGAGGAGCUGAGAAACAAAACCUAUGGAAAGACACAGACUUACACUCCCUGCACCGUCACCUUUGACCUGUCAAACACGUCUGUGGUCUGCAGCGCCGCCGCAGAGAUUUUAAAGUGUCACGGCCACAUCGAUGUUCUCAUCAACAAUGCUGGUGUUAGUUACCGCGGCAACAUCCUGGACACCCACGUUUCAGUUCAGCGUGAGGUCAUGGAGACCAACUACUUCGGUCCUGUUGCUCUGACACAAGCCAUACUUCCGUCGAUGGUAGACAGAGGUAGUGGCCAUAUUGUCGUCAUUAGCAGCGUGCAGGGAAAAAUCUCAAUACCCUACAGAUCUGCAUAUGCUGCAUCUAAGCAUGCGAUGCAGGCCUACUAUGACUGUUUGCGGGCGGAGGUUGACAGUUUGGGCCUGCAUGUGUCAGUCCUCAGCCCAGGCUAUGUCAGAACUAACAUGUCCAUCAAUGCAGUCACAGGCGACGGAUCCAAAUAUGGAGUAAUGGACAGAACCACAGCAACGGGGGCAGAUCCAGUGGACGUGGCAAAGGAUAUUCUGAAGGCUGUCUGUCAGAAAAAGAAAGACGUGGUUAUGGCUGGACUGGGGCCGACUACAGCUAUAUAUCUGCGCACACUCUGGCCUGCUCUCUACUUCAGAGUGAUGGCUUCACGAGCCAGAAAACAGACAGGGAAAGAAGAAUAAAAGUCGAUUUUUUUUGUCGAAAAGGUGAACAAGCACUGAAUGUGUUUGAUAAAUAAUUACAAAAGGACUGAAUCCUCUUUGGUCUGUAAAGAAAUAAGUCAGUAGCUGGGUUUCAAUCACCAUGUGGUAAUUUUGAAGAGUUGCAUCAUAAAUAAGUAAUGCAAAUGCCAAAUUUCAAAUAAAACUUCCUUAAUUUGCAAAAAAAUUCAAAUAAUAAUAUUAACUUAUGCUUGCUUGGAAUAAAUGCAUUUGCAGAAUAUACUCUGACGUACUGAAAAUUACACCCAUGUGACUCCAUUAUGUUUGCCUUGCUUACUGUUGGUUGCUAGGUUACCAAUACUACAGUCAGCCACUCUAAAGCCUCUUUUUCACUGCACACGACAAAAGACAAGUGACAGACCGGAAGUCAUUUAUUUCCAAUGGAGAGUAGUCCGGGAGCUGCGUGGAGUUCCGAUCAUCUCCGUAUGCGGAAAAUUCUGAUCCGAAUUGAGCUGCGGAUCUGCUGAAAUAUUUAAACUCCUGUGAAUGGACCAUAUGCGACCGGAUGUGAUGUAUUCUACUGUUGUCCAAGCGGGUCUUUGCAUGCGAGAUGAGAAAUAGGUUAUAUAUAUAAUGUUUUUUUUAAACAAAAAAAAUUUCUAUAUUAAAAAACAUUUCUAUUCAUAAAUGAGUAAUAAAAAAUAUUAUAUGGUAAUGUCGUCUCCACAUUCCCUCCAAAAGUUUUAGCAGUCUACAAGUCUUUCUAGUAUUUAUUCAUUCAUUCAUUCAUUCAUUCAACCACGGAGAACAGCUUCUCUCCCAUAGUGUGCGACAAAACUGAAAAUUCUGUCUGACUGCCACAAGGGGGCGUAUUCCAACAGUCGUGUCCAAAUUUUGUGUUGUGGGCUUAAAGGUAAAGUCUAGAUCGGCUUUGCGGCCGGCCGGAAGUACGAUAUGCACAUCAAUAUAGCAGCAUUUUUUAUGACACUGUAUAAAUUUUUUAUAUAUUUUUACGUUACUGUGACAGUUGGGUUAAGGGUUAGGGUGGGGUAGAUGUUAAAAAAUAGAAUUCACAGGGUAAUUUAUUAGAUAACAUAAAUAAUACUCAGUACAACUACUGUUUUAAUGUUACUGGGAUGGUUGGGUUUAGUGUUGGGGUGGCGGUUUACUUUAAUAAAAUACAGUUAAUGGAAAAUGUAAUAAAUAAUAUAAAUAAUUCUCGUUUACUUCUGGCCGCAACCAUAUCCGAUCUAGCAACAACCCACUCUAGCAAAUUGAUGGAAGCGCACCUAUUCAUUUAAACCCUAACCCCAUUAUGUUAGCCUUGUUUACUGUUGGUUGCUAGGUUACCAAUCCUACAGUCAGCCACUCCAACAAACUGAUGGAAACGCACCUAUUCAUUUAAACCUUAUUUUAAAAACCCUCAUGAACCGGAAGCUGCGACCGUUAUUUUUUUCAUAUUGUGACGCAGUUCCUAGAGAAACGGAAUAUUAAGUGAGAAAACAGUGGGCGUGGCUUGUUUUAUUCUACUGCGAGCUGAUUGGAUGUAGUAAACUAGGCAUUUCAUUCUGACAGAUCUGGAAAAGGGUUUUAGGAGAGUUGUUACAGCCUAACAGACACCUCCUCACUAUUUCUGUUUGUUGUAAACACUGACAGUUCGAGCGGCGUGGUUAAUAGCCAAUUCCUAAGAUAUACAUAAUCUGACAAUUUAACUGAAUAAAAAACGAAAGAUUUCAAUUAAAGAUCAGAAGAGCAAACUAUUUUUUUUUUCUUAAUGACAUGCACAGAUGAAUUGUUCAUCACAAAACUAGCAAUGUGAGGGGACUUUAGCCCAGACCCCAUUAUGUUUACUGGUUGACUGUUGGUUGCUAGGUUACCAAUACUACAGUCAGCCAGUUUAACAAAUUGAGAAAAAUGCACCUAUCCAUUUAAACCCCAACCCUGACUCCAUUAUGUUUGCCUUGUUUACUGUUGGUUGCUAGGUUACCAAUACUACAGUCAGCCACUCUAACAAAUUGACAGAAAUGCAUCUAAUUCGCAUUUGGGAUUUUGUUGUUGUUGUUGUUGUUGUUUUUCUGAAACUUUCAAAAUAUUUGCAUCACAUUAGGAUGAAAAUCCAGCUAAAGACCAGCAUCAAAGAUCAGUUUGUAAGACAAGCAGCACACACUUCUUCUAAUACAAAAAUAUGUAUUGUGUUGUAUGAUAUCCAUGUAUUGUAUUUAGAUAAAAAAUAAACCAUUUUGCUGACUGCAUCAGAUGAAAUUUAAUAAAGUGAUUUUUAUAUACACUGUA